AUGGCACAUCCUCUAAGUUUGACUUCUACUGGCUUCCUCAAAUUGGGCUUGAUUCCUAAAACCAGAAAUUAUCAUGGAAAAAUCAGAAAUUUUGUUUCGAAAUCCUCACCUGGGUUUUUUACCGUUCGAGCUGUGCAAGAGAAUGAAGGGCCUCGAAGGCUAAUUGACAUUAUUCGACUUGUGCCUGACAUCUCAAGGAAUUACUUUAGAACUCCUUCUCGGAGGGCACUUUUUGGGGGUAUCUCUUUAUUGGGUGGAUUUUAUGUGGCUCAAACAAUCUCCCUAUCCUUUGGAGCUAUAGGAGUCAACGAUGUAAUUGCUGCUGUAGUAUGUGUUCUACUUACUGAGUAUGUGACUAAGUUUUAUUACAGCAGGCCAAAGGUUACUUUCCCCAUUGCUCUCCUGAACAAUUUCAAGAUGGGUUUCACUUAUGGUCUAUUCAUUGAUGCCUUUAAACUUGCCAGUUGA